AAGCACGGCCAUCAGUGGCAAAAGAAAGAAGGCAAAAAAGAGUAUAGAAGUGCGAGAGCGAGUGUCCAUUAUUCUUUUCGACAAAUCUCCUUCAGUUUUUGUUUUCCAUUAUUUUGUCGCGAAAUAAUCAAACUGAAUUCGGUCCGGCAUGAGUGGAACUGUGUAGAUUCGGUGUGGAAUACGUGCGAGAAUGGUGUGAACUAGCGAUACCGGCAUUUUUCCGAUUCGCUAUCGGUGCAAAACGCAGUCAAUAAGUCGGCGAGCGCAGCCCUACGCGAAAAGACGGACGACGGACGGACAGACUUACGACUUAAGGGGCGACGACGGAUCCUACACACUUGCGACAAGAGGGAGAGCAAUGUGGAAGAACCAAGCCCACUUGUGCUUUCUAGUUGUUUGUAUUUACACCCUGGGCCAGCAGUUCAUCGAAAUCGACGCUACCGGCAGUAUAGUUGAACCGCGAUACUUUCUCGCCGGCAAAAAUGGCACCUUAUCCUGCAGAUUUCCCGGAGCGGAAAGCCCAAUGUGGCAGAAGGAUGGGAAGAACUUUUCCGACAGCAGCGCAAAAAUCUCCAUCAUAAUCGUGGACACGGAGGCUGAUGUUGAGAAAAUAUCCGGCGGCUCCGACGGUAAAUCCCCUGAGGGUGACACCACUGAACUACCAGAGGUGACCACAAACACGGCCAUUACUACGCUAACCAUACACAACUUUUCGAAAACCGACGCCGGUAACUACACAUGUCGAGGUGCAGACAACAGCGUCCUCUCCCGGUACGCUGUCCGGGAAGUGAUACUACCAAAGAUUACCGCCUCCAGCUCGGGGCGAACGAAAAUCAAACAGCAAACCAAGGCCCAACUGUACUGCGUGAUACAGAUGUAUCCGCUGGAGUAUUUUAACAAUUCGAUUCAAUGGUUCAAAGAGGACGAUACCACCGAAAACAGCUUUCUGAAGAACACGGAAGUGAAGGUUUUGAAUGGGACUCACGUGAACGUGACACUAACCAUCAAAGAUGUGAGCAAAACGCAUAAUGGAACUUACUCUUGCAAUGUUGGUCCAUCUGCCAUGCUGGACGAAAACUCAGCUACUGAUAAGAAAUCGAUGGCUUUGCUUGUUCUUGACAAACCUCAAGUGUCGAUUGAUUAUGUUAAAGCGGUUGGGGCAAACAAGAUCUACCUGAACUGGACCGUCAACGAUGGAAACGAUCGCAUCAAACAUUACAUGGCGCAGUUCAUGAAGAAAGGCGAUUCUACAUUUACGUAUUAUGAAAACCGCAUUGACGGAUCAAACACUUCAUUUGUGUUGGAGAAAUUCGCGCCCUCUACGGAUUACGAGAUUAAGCUGACCGCCCAAAAUGGUCAGGGUAGUGGCCCACCUUCGCCGUCGGUGAAGGUUCGAACACUGGACAGCGAUCCAAGUUUUACUCCGGCCGUAGAAGUGAAGGGUAAUACCCACUCGACUAUCACUAUAGGAUGGGCACCUCCGCCAGCCGAUCUACUGGAAUACAUUCAGUACUACGACAUGACGGUUUCAGUCGCGGGCGAGAAUUCUUCCAAAUGGGAAACCUAUUACCCGCAGAACAGUCGCAACCUUCCGUAUAUGUUUGACAACCUAGACACCGCCACAGAAUACAGUUUCCGCGUACGGGCCUGCAGUGAGCUUGCAAAAGCUUGCGGUAACUGGUCCGAAGAAGUAAACGGAACCACCAGCGACAGUAUCGCAUCAGAACCGUUGAACCUGAACAUCUCUUGUAUACACUAUAAUAUCUCACGUCGCUCCUCAGUUCGGGUUCAUUGGGAUCCACCGAAGAAACCUAACGGAAAAGUUAUAUCAUACCAAGUCAUUCUGGACGGAUUGUCACAGUACCGUAGCGAGCACGGUAUAUUGAAGAACGAGACGUACGGACCCAAGAUCAAGAACGUACAGGCACAGUACACGAAAACCGAGUACGACGGCAUACUGCCCAACACAAACUACACCGUUCGAGUAGCUGCAGUCACUCGGACGAAACGUCCGGGAGACGUUGCCUCUGCGACGUGCACCAUGCCGGCAACUACCCCGGAGAACAUCGGCCGAAUGAUGUGGGGUAAGCUUCGCACCGAGGACAACCAGUGGAUCUUCAAGCUCUUCCUGCCACGGGUCUCCGAGCGCAACGGGCCCAUCUGUUGCUACAAGGUCUACCUGACGCGGCUAGGCAAACGGAACAACUCGCUGCCCGUGCCGGAGACCAUCCCGGUGACGAGCUAUGCGGACGUCCAUUCGAUCAACAACACCCACGGCGGGACCUACCUGGCGGAAGUGUUCACGACGUUGAACUACAGCUCGGAGGUGUUUUUGGGCGAUGGGCGGAAUAACGAGUACCACAAUUUGGAUCUGUGUCCGCAGUGCCUGCACAAGCGAGCCCCACCGAUGGAGAAAUCUAGUGCCAUUAACAAAGACGAUGAGGCCCAGAACGCCUCGGUAGCCACGACGGCGAGCCCUCCGCCCAUCCGUACCGGCAACGAAGCCGUUCCCGUUGAGGAUCAGCUGAAAGUAUCUAGUCACGACAAGCGGGAAACGAACGGAUACCACGAUCCGCAUCUGGCACCUCCCCAGCUAGAAACGGCCUACGAUGGCGUCCUGGAUCCGUCCAGUAACUACACCGGGUUUGUCGAGGUCGUAGUGAAAACCGACACCGACCAUGGUCCACGGUACGUUUCGGCCUUCAGCGAAUACUUCCAGGAGAUGAACGCUGGAGCUCCACCGCCGAGCGAAAACGACGGCAAAGAUCUCACUUUCAUCCUCAACAUAGUUAUACAGAUUUUAUGCGGACUGAUAUUGAUAGUUUUAAUAGUCUUAUUGACUCUCUGCCUCUUACACAAGCAUUUCAGCAAGAACAUCGCCCAGGAAGGCGAAGCCAUCAGUCUGGGAGACUCGCUCAGGCGCGCUCUUUGUCACGGACGCAACGGCAAUCCCCAUCAUCGACAUUUGCUUGGAACAAACAGUGCCAAGCCACCGGUGCUUCCUCCAAUUUCCAAGGAAGACCUCGUCAAAGCAUACCUAGACAAACACAAGGACUCGGAUUACGGAUUCCAACACGAAUUUGAACUACUGCCAGACAAGUUUGUCGAUAGGACAACGAAGUAUUCUGACUUGAAGGAGAACAUGCACAAGAAUCGGUAUCCGGACAUCAAAUCGUACGACCAGACUCGGGUUAAGCUGUCUACAAUGAACGGGAUGUCCGGAUCGGAUUACAUCAACGCAAACUUUGUCAUCGGUUAUAAGGAGCGCAAGAAGUUCAUUUGUGCCCAGGGUCCGAUGGACAGCACGAUCAUCGACUUCUGGCGCAUGAUUUGGGAGCAGCAUUUGGAGAUUAUUGUCAUGUUGACCAACCUGGAGGAGUACAAUAAGACCAAAUGCGCCAAGUACUGGCCGGAGAACAUCAACGAUUCCACCCAGUAUGGAGACAUAUUGAUAACAUUCGCUUCGGAUAGUUACUAUGCAGAUUAUAUCGUUAGAAAUCUGAAGGUCACCAAGCGUAGCGUCAAUUCGUCCGGCGAAGAAGUCGAAGACACCCGUUUCAUCUCGCAGUACCACUAUCUCACCUGGAAGGAUUUCAUGGCCCCGGAGCAUCCCCAGGGCAUCACCAAGUUCAUCAAACGCAUCAACUCGGAAUACUCGUUGCAGCGCGGUCCCAUCCUUGUCCACUGUAGUGCCGGCGUUGGCAGAACUGGAACAUUUGUAGCCCUAGAUUCACUCAGUCAACAGUUAAACGAGGAGGGCCAGGUGUCCAUCUUCAACACCAUUUGUGAUAUGCGAUAUCAAAGAAAUUUCCUCGUACAGUCAUUGAAACAAUACAUAUUUUUGUAUCGAGCUCUCACCGAAUUGGCGUACUUCGGGGACACGGAAAUCGACCAAAAGUCGCUAGCCGCUACCGUAGAAAGUCUCAAGCAGCCAUCCGCGGAGAAUCCCGAAAUCUGCAAGCUGGAAGCCCAAUUCCAGCGGAUAAAGGCGUUCCAGGAGGACAGCCGCAAAACGACGGCCAUCGGCGGUUGCGAGGACAACAAGGCCAAGAACCGUUCCGAGCUGUGCGUGCCGUACGACAAGAACCGGGUAAUUUUGGCGCCGAUUCCGGGUCAUGACAACUGCACCUACAUCAACGCGUCUUUCAUCGAUGGGUACGACGAUGAGAACAACUUCAUCAUAACGCAGGAUCCGCUGGAGAACACCAUCUUCGACUUCUGGCGGAUGAUCUUCGAGCAGAGGAUAAAGACGAUCGUCAUGUUUUCUGAGAUCGGAGAUGGUCCGAACAAGUGCCCACGGUACUGGGCCGACGAGGAGAUGCAGUACGAGAAUCUGCUCGUCACGUACAUCCAAAGCGAAAGUGGCCCGUACUACACCAAGCGGGAGUUCACGGUGACGAACUGCAAGACGAAGGACACCAUCCAGGUGACGCAGUUCCAGUACAAUGGGUGGCCCACGGUCGAAGGCGAGGUGCCCGAGGUGACCCGCGGUAUGAUCGAGAUCGUCAACCAGGCGCAGAAGCACAGCACCCAGCAGGAGGACAUCUUCACCAUUGCUGUUCACUGCAGGUAGGGUAGAAAUCUUCUUCGUCAUAUGCGCUGAUUUCCGUCA